AUGACACUUUUAAAUAUUAAAUCUGAAGCCUGGGCAUACUCUCUGAUUACACUAGGAACUGAAAUGUUAAGUUCUUUCUUCAGUUUCUACUAUGUGAAACUUUUCUUAGAAGUAUACAAGAUUUCAGAGCUGGCCUUCUACCAGUCGCAGGUAAUUUUAAUGAUCUGGAAUAUUCUGACUGACCUGAGUGGGUAUUUCUACAUGGGUUCUCAGAAUGACUGCUGUCUCAGUUACCGUUGCUCCCUGCUUGGAGCCCUUCUGCAUGCUGUGGCCUUCUUGCUCCCUUGGUUCCCUUGGAAACACUAUAGAGAAAGUGACUGGCUUACUGGACUCCAGCUGGUAGUUUCCCUGUGUGCAUUUGACAGCACCCACACCUGGGUACAGCAAGCCCAGUGUCGCCUGUUUGCAGAGACUUCCCCCAGGCACGAGAGCAGGCUGCAGCUGACCAGAAUUAACCAGGUGGCAUCCCUGGUGGGCUCCACCAGCAUCCUUUUCUGUGGCCUCAUCUCUCACAACAUGGAAAUCCUGCACAAUUUUCAAGCCAUUGCUGUCCUCAUUGCCUUCCUGGCUUUGAUUAGCUUUUGCAGCGGCAUGUUCCAUAUGAGACAGUUUGAAUUUAAAAGAAUCCCAGAGGAAAAUUUCCUCUCGGAGAGUGAACAGGAGUUAGCAGGGACCUCUGUCAUCUUACUGAUGAGACAAAUCUUGCCUCAGAGGAACCUCUACCUUUUCCUCAUCAUGAAUUUCUUCCAAGUCUUCCAUUUGACCUUCUUCAGUAACUUCAUGAUGAUCUUUGUAGACAACCUCAUUCCCAACAAGGCCCUCUCUUCUUCCGUAAGGAGCAUCAUGUAUGGGGCUGGCUUUAUCUGUCCUCAGUGCCUGGUACUUCUAGGUCAGUCCUGGCUGAAGACAUACGGUUACUAUAAGGUUAUUUUACUUUCUUUCUGCCUAGAAGGGGCAGCCGCCCUUGUCAUGCUACUUCUGGGACAGGAACACUAUUUCUGCUUGGCUGUUUACAUCACUGUUAUCAUGGUGAUUGUACACGCCUCGUUUUGCUUAUUUAAUUUGCCAGUGGCUGACAUGGUCGAUGCAGAUUUACUGAAGUGUAAGAGGCAGUCUUCUCUUUCCUUGAUGGUUUCUGUCAUCAAUGCUUUAUUCACCAGAUCUGCCCAGUCUUUAGCCCCCAUAUUGAUACUGUCUAAGCUCAGCCUGCAUGGGUACAGAGAGCUGACCAGCAGAACACUUUUAGAUCUCCAGGACAGCAUGUUUGGUUUGGUUUGUGUCAUUUCCCUGGGCAUCGCAACAGUGCAGAUUCUGACUUGGAGCUCCUUCUCCAUCAGCAAGAGAAGAGACUGCCCAGGGAUGGUGUAA